AGCAGCCUGGCGCACAGGAACUGUGCCAGGGACCUGCCAGGUCCUGAUAAGUUUGCUGUCACGGCUUGAGCGGGAAGGGCGAAAGGUGACGAUGUUGUUGGAAUGGACGGCUUCACAGCCAACGUCGCGAGCCUUCGAGGCUUGAAGCAGGAUCACCCACGAUUGUCCAUGGAUAUCGCCAUCAGCAUUGGCCCAUGCUGCACGCAUAACAUUACCCAGGACUAUCUCGCGCCCUUUGAGUCUUCAGAGAAGACUCUUAUGUUAUAUUGCACGGUCUCCCUGAACGACAUUGCGGCCGGGCGCGGUGACGCCCAACUGUUAUGCAAACAAUGGGCGACGAUCUCGGAGAACAAGUUCGGGACCGGCAAAGAGAGGAACGACACCCCAUAUCGCAAUAUCCAAGGUUUUGUCGCCUAUAAGUACCGCUACUUCCACAAGUACGCUUGUGCGCUAUGCCUGCGGCGCUACGGGCGUAAGGGCGCCCUCAAACGACAUUUUGAGCAGUCCCACGCGAAACCAUUCAGGUGGCGGCCAUGUUUUGGCACCAAGAGAUCCUGGAAGAUAAAGGAGACGAGAGCAUUUGCAACUCUGGAGGAGCUCGAAGAACAUCAGCGGAAAUGCAGUAGCGUCGCCGCUCUGAAUGAGCAAGGUCCCCGUCAAGAGGAGCCCUGUUUGAUUGACGAGGAAGACGAGGAGCUUUAUUUAAAUGACAAGGAGGACAAGGAGGACAAGGAGGACAAGGAGCUUCAGUUGAAUAACGAGGAGGACGAGGAGCUUUAUUCGAAGGACGAAGGGGACGAGGAGGACGAGGCCGCCAUUGAGUAAUAGGCGCCAUAGGGUGGGCUUGCUGUGUCGGCGAUACUACGGCGGACGACCACGAAAAAAUCGAAGGCUAAAAAAGAAAAACAUACAACACCACGCGAUUCGCACCUGGUCUCCCACGGUACUACUAGACGGGCGCUAACCAGCUUGUGUAUAGUCGAUCGGACGAGAGGCUCAAUUCUCUGGUUGCUG